ACAUCCCGUUAGCAAAAUUGAACAUUCCAGAUAUUCUGUGCAACUUUUUGUCCCGUUCGUGGACAGUUCACUUCCUUUGCCCAGCUAAAGUUUUUCCCCCGGGCAGGCAGCUUACGGACUGGCCAGUCAAAAGUCUGAAAAUCACGCUUACGGCCGGUCAUUAAUUUUGAAUCCAUUUCAUACUUUAAUCAUCGAUUGUCCCUUAUUGACCGACUCCUGACGGAAUAUUCGCGAGAUUUUGCGCAAAACUUAUAAGUAUCAAAACAUUUUACAAGUCCUUGCAUAAAACUCAACGGACCAGCACAUUUGUACCAAAUUUAUAAAUUGGAAACUGCAUCUCUUUCAGUCGAAGAUAUUAUAAGGAAUAAUGACUGACAGUAUUCCUACUCUGAGUACUUGCUGCUGCUGUAUAUCCCUGCGGACAGGAUCAUACAUCGCCGGAUAUUACUAUUUUGGAGUUGGAAUUUUGUCGAUGAUAUCUUUCAUACCAAAUUCUAUUGACUUCUUCACAUCAAUAUUUAAUUCAAAUCAAACAGGUGAUGCCAUCGUGAGGCUACUUAUCAUUGAGUGCUACAUCGUUCUGAUCAUUUUCUCAGUUUCUGCAUGUUUGCUUAUACAGGCGAUCAAAAUGAAUUCGCCGAAUGAGAUGCGUCCAUUUCUGACGGCAGGUGUGGUGUUCAUUGUAAAUAACAUCUUCCUAAGUUUGCUCGUGGGUGUAACACCUUUGAAGUAUUACGCCGAACGAAUCUUUGAGCCAACACUCAGGAAAGCCUACACUACCGUAAUUUUGAGUCCUCCCGUACAAAUCAUUGAAAUCCUACUUGCCGUGUACUUAAUUUUGGUGGUGUACAGCUACUACAAAAAAAUGAAGCAAGAGGAGGUAGCGGGAGAUACCGUUUAAAGAUGACGAAACGGACUUUAUUGUCAUGCCCAUCUCAAGCUUUGCAUCUUCCAUUUAUAUGUUGCUGUGAUAAUAUAGAUGCAUACCGCGCCGGUGGAUUGUUUA